AUGGAUUCUACUGCACAUUCAUCACAUGAACAUAUUCGAGAAACUAAUUAUAUUCAUACCUCAAAUCCUGCGAAAUAUGAAAAUAUAGAAGAUAUUAAUGUUAUUUGGCUAGACUCACGUUUAAAUGUUUCGUUGGAUUGUUUGGACACAGAAAGACGUUUACGGCGCAUGAUUGAUCGUCUAUUGACAUUUAAUUCCUGUGACGCUUUUCUGAAAUACAUUGAUACCGAAACACAAGAACGGAUAUUCUUUAUUGUUUCAGGUAGCGAUGGCGAAUUCAUCGUGCCACGUAUCCAUUCUUUAUCAAAAAUCUCAUCGAUCUAUAUUUUCUGCGGUGAUAUAGUUAAACAUGAACAAUGGUCAAAAGAUUUCACGAAAAUCCAUGGUAUUUUCAAUACAAAAGAUGCUCUAUUCAAGAGAGUUACGUCAGACAUGACGUUGUACUUGACAAAUUUAUUGUCAUUUAGCAUACUCGGAAAACAGGACAUCUAUCAAAAAUCAUUAUACAGUUUAUCAUCUGAAGGUGCACGUUCCAUGUGGUUUCAAUUACUUAUCGAAGUUUUGGUAUCUAUGGAACAUUCGGAUGAAGCUAAAAGUGAUUUAUUGGAAAUAAGUCGACAACAAUACAAAGAUGAUCAAGCAGAAAAUAAAAAAAUAGAUGAGUUUGAUCGAACAUAUACACCGGAACAUGUCGUAUGGUGGUAUACAACAGACAGCUUUCUAUAUCGGCUAUUAAACAAAGCUUUACGAAUAGAAAAUAUUGAUAUCAUUUAUAAAUUUCGUUUGUUUCUGACUGAUCUAGAUAAUCAGAUAAAACGAUUGUACAAGGAACAAUCAUCACUUCUACAAUCAAAAGAAACAUUUUAUCGCGGUCAGAAAAUACCACAAAUCGAACUUAGAAAUUUACAGGAAAAUAUUGGUAGUUAUGUGGCAAUGAACACAUUUACGUCAGUAUCACAAUCACGUGAGAUCGCAUUAAUCUAUGCAGGCAAUGGCGAAGACCGACCUGAACUAGAGUCUGUAAUUUUUCAAAUAGAAAUCAACGAACGUUUAUCACCAUGUUGUAAUAUCCGAGACUUUAGUCAAUUUUCAAAUGAAGAAGAACUUUUAUUAACAAUCGGUAGCGUUUUCCGUAUAGUAGACGUGAAACCUUCUGGUGAUCAAUGGAUAAUUUAUUUAACUCUCGAUAAAUCUGACAAUCAGAAAAUGGAAGGACUAAAGAACUUUUUAAGACAAGAUCUUUUCCAUGAAACUGCAUUAAUUAACAUCGCAAAAAUUCUAUUUCGAAUGUCUGACUACAAUCGAGCUGAACAGUAUUGUAUUAGAGCGGAAAAAGAACUUUCUUCUGAUAACAAUGAUCGAGUUGGUCUCUACCAACUUCUUGGCGAGAUUUAUCAAAAUGGAAUGGGAGAUUAUAAUAAAGCUAAAGAAAUGUACGAUAAUGCUCUCUCGUUUAGUGAUAAUGUGUCACAGUUUGUGAAGAUCUUUGGCAAUAUGGGAUUACUUCAAAUACAGAUGGGAAGUUAUGAUAUGGCUUUGACGACUCUUAAUCAGGCAGAGCGACUGUCUCGCAAAUAUAAUUUAUCCAAUUCUUCUGCUAUUAACACAUUAGCUAAUAUUUGUACCAAUAUUGGAAUUACUUAUCGUCAUAAAUUAAACUUUAUAAAGUCAUUACAGUAUUAUAGGCACGCUUUAGACCUGAAGUUACAAAUAGUACCAGAAUUAGAUCCCUCACUUGCUGCUCUUUAUAGUAAUAUUGGCAAUUUAAGUUGUAUUACAUGUGACUAUGAAGCGUCGUUAAAAGCAUAUGAAAACGCUUUGAAGAUCCAACUACAGUGUUUACCGGAAAAACAUAAAGAUCUGGCCACAGUAUACAAUAACAUCGCUCUCGUAUAUGUGACUACUGAACGAUAUUCACAAGCCUUAGAGAAUUUUAAAAAAUCUUUAAAUAUGUUUGAAGCAUUGUUAGACGCAGAUCAUCCGGCGAUAGCCACUCUAUAUCAUAAUAUUGGUGACACUUAUCAGCGAUGGAAACAAUACGAUAUAGCUGUGAUUAAUCUAGAAAAAGCACUGCAACUGCGUAUUCAGAAGUUAUUACCGACACAUAAACAUAUUGCUGAAUCAUAUGAAUCUCUCGGAUGGGUAUACUAUUACCUUUCAAAUUAUGAAAAAGCAUUGGAUUUUUGUGAGAAGGCAUUGAAAAUCGAACCAAAUAGUCCCAGUGUUUACAACUGUAUGGGAAUAAUCUUUAAUUUACAAUGUAAUUACAGUGGAGCGCUAUCAACGCUUCAAAAAAGUAUUGAUUUAUAUGAAAAGUUUCCAGCCGAGCGUACCAUGGCGCUUGCGAAGAUCCGUACAACUAUUGGCAACAUCUUAUCGAUUCAAAAAAAAUUUGACGAUGCACUUAAACAUUAUAACAAAGCAAUUGAAACUUAUCAUUCUGGAAAAUUAUCAAAUAGCUCCGAUUUUAUAUAUAUAUACAGUGCACGAGGAGCGUUUUUCAGCCUCACGGGAGAAUAUGAUAAAGCUCUUGCCGAUUUGACAAUGGCUUUCGACAUGGUAAAAAACUCUAAAGUAAAUUAUAUGCUAUCGGAGAUUCUAAUACAUAUGGGUAACCUGCAUCUCAAACAAAAUCAUUUUGCUGAAGCACUGAGCUGUAUUAAAGAUGCUGAGAAGAAUGAAUCGUCAUUAUCUGUGCAGGAGCAUUCUAUAAAAGGCGAAAUACUUCGUCUAUUAGCCCAUGUAUCGCAUAAACAAGUACAGUAUGACAAUGCUUUAAAAUAUUAUAGAAAUGCGUUGGAAAUAUUCUCUCAAGCUGUUCCUCCUAAUAGGCUAACUAUUGCCUAUAUCCACGUGGAGUUAGGUUGCAUAUAUGAACAAAAAUGUCUGUAUGACGAAUCAUUAAAUGCUUUUCAAGAAGCAUUGCAUUUAUUCACGAUGUUAUUUACCUCUACUCAUUCAGCUAUUUUAUAUGUAAAUGAUAAAAUUACUCAUAUUAACGCAAUCCGACAAAGAAACGACAUAUAA